CUCUCCGUCUCGUAUGAGUUCGAUGGGCAACCAAAUAGGUAGUGCUAGCCUCGCCCCGGAUAUCGAGGAAGAGGCAUCAUGGAGCUACAGCUGCCGUCGAUCAUCGGGUGACAAAUAGCCGAGCCGACGUGUUACAUACGAUCUCACGAGACAGUACAACAAACAUAUAAUAAAAUACAUCAUUUUACCGAUCAAACGAAGAGCAUGGAGAGCCGGAGCCAAUUGUUAAGUGUCUGUCAGACCAAAAAGAGGAAAACAUGCGUUUCGGUCGUGGCGCUUGCAGUCACAAUCGGCUGCGUCCUUUUCGCUUUCAAAGCUUUCGGGGAGAAACCAAAGGACCCGUCCCUCAAGAAAGUAUUCAUCGUUUUUCGUCACGGCGACAGAAACCCGACAGAAACUUAUCCCAAUGAUCCACACGUGAACCAUCUUUGGCCCGGCGGUUGGGGAGCUCUAACUAAGCUCGGCAUGAAGCAAAUGUACACGUUGGGCCAGUGGGUGCGUAGCAACUACGGCUACGUAACGGACCACACGUACGUCCCGGGCAGCGUCGUGGUAAACUCGAGUUACGCGGACCGUUGCAUCAUGUCGACCCAGGCGAUGCUCGCCGGACUGUACCCCCAGGACGAGGAAGAGGCCUUUGUCCAGGGACUGCCCUGGCGACCCAUUCCCGUCCACUACUUGCCCAGGGAGUUGGACCAGGUCCUGGUAGUGAAAAAGCCGUGCCCGAAAUUGGAUGCCGCGCUCGAGGAGGCGUACCGCAACGAGUCGCUCAGAUCCGACGAGGAGUCAAAGUCCUACUACGAAAACCUGACGCGACACACGGGCCAAAUGGUGAAAACCGUCACGGACGUCGAGUUUCUCUACAACACCUUGGAAAUCGAGGAAAAAAAUGGACUGGUACUUCCGGAAUGGACCAAACAGUACUACAACGCCAAGAUGCGGGAACUGGCCGCUCGUAGUUACACGCUAUUCACGAGCAACGCACUACAACAGCGACUCCGAGGAGGCCCGUUGCUUAAGCACAUCUUGGACAACAUGAGAGGUGGCAAAAAGGAGGAAAAAAUCUUCUUGUACGGCACCCACGAUCUGAGUAUCGUCAACACUUUGCGAGCCAUGGGUUUCGUAGACGAGCUCUUCAAGCUCGACGUGGGCGCGACGCUUAUUUACGAGCUCAGAGUCGCCAGGGGCGGCCAGUCACGCGUAGUCCACAUUUCCAUGUUAAACAACACCGAGCAGGGAACACCUCCGCAUAGCUUGAAAAUACCCGGCUGCGAGAGCGAUCCGUGUCUACUAGAUGAAUUGUUCGACGUGUGGAGUGACGUACUUCCAAACGACUGGGACGAAGAGUGCAAAGCGUAAAUUUUUUUUUUUAUCAAUUUGUUUAUUUUCAAUAGCGAAAUGUCAAGGACAAGCGUAACGCCACUGUGAACGAAUCAAGAUGCAUACGUUAGGCAGUUGCGCGUUUCAAGUACUCUUUCGAUAUCGAGACAAUAAAUCGUGUGUUUGACGAUAGAAACAAUAAGCUACGUUUGCCAAUCGACGCGAUUGUAGUACUUAUAUACAUUAUGUUAAUUUGUACAA